CUACCUCUCUUCCCCACGCGGCUUCCACUGGGCAUCCGUCCCUGUGCCUGCCCAGGGUGACUUCCCAGCAUUGACUUGGUCCUCAUGGGGACCUGCAUGCCAAAGCCUCAUCUCUGCUUUCCCUCCCGCUCCCCAUUCUCUCCCUCCAUAGGACAAAGGGCUCUUUAGCUUCGUCAGCCUGCAGCUGUUUGGGCCCCUGGAGGAGACCGCCAGGGGAGCCCGCUUUGCCUUUGUGUCUACUGACUACUUUACAAAAUCAGUGCACGCUGCACCGAUGCGAGCCUGCGCCCCUGAGGACACCAGCAGGCAGAUCUGUGAGCUGGUGAGGAAGUUUGGCUUACCCGAAGGGAUCUUCAGUGCUCAGCAGCACGGCUACAUCCUCCAGCUAAAUAAAAUUUUGAAAAUGGCUUUGAAAAUAAAACGUAACCUGGUUGUUGAAUACAGUCCUCAAACAGACGGGUUCCUAGAAGACUCCAAGGCCUUUGUGAGGAGGCUUCUCUCCCUGGUGCUGGCAGCAAAUCCAGCCGACUGGGAUCAACACCUCCAUGAGGUUUUCUUCCUCCAGAGCGGACCCUCGGACUACGAAGAGGAGGAGGACUUGAGUAGCCUGGAGGUCGAGUUACAAGAGGCCUCCUCAGCCCCUGAUGAAAACCGGCCCCCCUCCUUCUGUGGCCCGGAGGCCCUGAAGAGCUGCCCAGAUGGUGAGAGGGACACCCCGGGGAAAGCCCGAAGACACGAGGACGUGUGUUCGCUUCCUGACGAGGGCAGCAGGGAUGUGUUUGCUGUGCUGCAGUGUGACCGAUGCCAGGCAUGGGCCCACGACUUGUGUGUGACGAGGCAGCAUGGAUGGGCGUAUCAGAAAACCAGCGUCCGGUGCAGAGCCUGCCUCCUGGCAGAUGAAGGAGCGGGGCCAGGGCCUGGGCCCUUCUCCAGAGCUCUGGAGGUAGAGGAGAGCAGGACGAGCAGGACUGUGGGGCCAACGUGGCCGGCCACCGGCACCACCGGCAGCAAACACUCGUCGUCUUCCAAGUAGCUGGUGGGCCCCGAGCCUGAGCACCUGGCCAGGGCCGGCCCCAUCUCUGCCAGGGACAGGCAGACGUGCACAGAGUGAGGGCUGUGUACAAACCCUGCUGUGAUGGGCAAAAUCACUAGAACCUCCAGUGUCUGUUCGGUGUAUUCUUUAUUCUUGGGAUCCCUAAAAAGAGUAGACCAGCUGCCCUUCUUCUACCCCCCCCACCGCAACACUUACUUGCAAGGCCUCUGUGACCUAGCUUCCACUUCCUCCUCCGAGGAGCCAGGAUGGUCAGACAACAGUCAACAUACAUCUCUUUGAUGCCUGCCUGUCACGGGACAGUCACUGUGCCCACCUCCCAGGAUACAAAGGUAGAAAUGCAGCUGUCCUACCUGAGACUGCAUCUCUGACUCUGAACCCCUAGCCCACCACCUCCCUACAAAGACACAGGAUGUUAUUCUAUUAAAAGCUAAUAUUUACUAUUUGGGGAUGGAAAUUUUGCUGUGACAAAAUUUAGUACAAAAAUAAUUUUUAUAGCUUUUUGAUUUAUCUGUA